AUGGAGAAGACAGAAGAUCAGAUCAAUGGAGAAGAAAAACAAGAGCAUGCGCUUCCUCCGAUGGCACUCAACCAUGUGUCUAGGCUGUGCAGGUCUGUGAAAGAGUCCAUAGAUUUCUACGUGAAGGUUCUAGGGUUUGUGUUGAUUCAGAGGCCCCAGGUUCUGCAUUUUGAUGGGGCGUGGCUGUUCAACUACGGGGUUGGGAUCCACCUGGUGCAGGCUAAGGAAGAGGAUUACUGUAGGUUGCCUGAUAGAGAUCACUUGGACCCCAUGGACAACCAUAUCUCCUUCCAGUGUGAAGACAUGGAAGCAAUGGAGCAAAGACUAAAGGACUUCAACAUAAAGUACAUGAAGAGGACAAUAAAGGAUGAGCAUGGAACUGCAAUCGACCAACUCUUCUUCAAUGACCCAGAUGGAUUCAUGAUAGAGAUCUGCAACUGUGAGAACCUCAAGCUUGUCCCUGCAGGUUCAUUAGGCCAAAUCAAACUCCCACUUGAUCGACAUAAUCCUCCGGUCGAAUUGGCAAACGGCAACCAUGGUGGUCAUGAUUUAGCUGAAUUGCCAUGAUUUGAGUUCUCUUAAUUUCAUUCCUUCUAGCUAGGUAACCUUUAAAUUUUGUUCAACUAGUAAGAUUUCUCAUGAAAAUGUUUUUUCAGAUUUAUAGUUGUAUGGUUGCGCCAAUUAAUGGAACAUUUUGCUAGGAGUUAGGAUUUGGUACACUUGUGUUAUGAAAAUUUUAUAGAAAUAAAUGGUAAUGAAAAUGGACGAUAUUGCCCA